UCGUCUGGUUCGUCAUCAAAAGGAUCAAAAGCUGUCAGAUUGUCCAUCUGAUUUUUAAAAUUAUUCAAGUACACCGAAAAACAUCUGAUUACUAAUCUGAUUAACCAUCAAGUUUAUCAAGGAACAAACGUAGGUGCAGCGGUCCUGUCCACAAAGGUUACAUCGCACACAAGGAGAGCCGUGUGUCGCCAUUGCAAUUCGACUUGUUGGACAAAGUAUAAUAUUUUGUUUUGCCUCGAGAAUUGAAAUUCAAGAAAACGCUGUGCCACAUCACAAAUAAAUUGCCCUCCUUAAGUAAUUUAAAUACUUUUAAAGACAAAAAUAAGGAACAAUAAUAAAAAAAUGGAUAAUAGGCAUAUUAGUAAUACAGCGAAAGCCAGCACAGAAGGAAUAUUAAAUAAUUGUACUGAGCCAAAUGUAUCCCGUGCAACAGAUAAUUUAUUUCGUAACGAAAAAGAUUUUGAUGCGCUUGUAAAUACUAUCAAAACAGAAAAUUAUUCACUUUUUCGUGAUGAGUCAAGCGAUUCAGAAGAUUCUGUCAGUAUAGCUUCUAUUGACAAUAAAAAUGAAAAACAACAAGAUCAAAUGUGUGAAUUAGCCUCUACAUCUUACGAAAAGGAUGUCAAUGUUUCUGAAUCUAAUUCACAGGAACUUACAGUUAAAAACUUACUUGACGGUAAAAUUGUAAGACUGCAUAGAAGUUCUCUGUCGACUGCAUUGCCAAUAAUAAACACAUUAUCACCAAAAUCAGGACCACAUAUCUGCCUUGAAUGCUGUUUUAAGUGUAGAAUGGUUUUUCGUGUACUUGACAGACCUUUGCAUAUACGUAGAAUACGAAGUAUUGACAAGCAAAAUGAAUUUUUAAAAAUUGAGCCCUCAUUAUUUGUUGAUUCAUGCCUUUGUGAAUUUUGCUGGAAAUACCUGGAAAAAUCUUACAAAUACAUUAAAUCUAAAAAUAGAAAAGAAGAUUUAUGUUCAGAAAAAAAGUUAAGAUUGUUAGAAGGUUCUGUGAAAAAGAAUGUAUCAAGAAAUCAUCAGGCUAGGAGAUGUUCAAUUCAUUUAUGCCCUCGACUUUAUUCUCAUAAAAUGUCUGUAAAUGAGUGUGAACAUCUCAAAAAAUUAUUUUUAACAUUUGAGUCCUGUAAUUUAGUUUUUGUUCAAUCUAGAAAACAAUCUAGAGACUUCUUGAAAUUUCCCUUUUGUCUUUGUAAAAUUCAUAAUGCUAUGAUCUUAGUAAUGUCAACAUGUCAAAUCUGUGGUGGCAAACUGAAUGCACCGUUUAAUUCUGAUGACUGGUCAAUGCAUGAAAUGUGGAAUUUUGUAUUAACUGAAAAUAAUCUUCCUUUAGUACUGAAACCACCUAUGUUCAUAUGUGUAACUUGUAAAGGACACAUUUCUAGAACAAAUCCUGGUUUCCCAACUAUGGAAUUGCCACGUUUACGGGAAUAUAUCCUUAUAAACAAUGAAAUUCGCUUAAAAUUAUAUGGGGAAUCACAGUUUAACUUGUUCAAUAUAUGUCGAGGAUCAACAAAUGUCUCAUCUCCCAUUGUUGUUUCUAAUAUUCAAGAAGGAAAAGAAUGCACUCGUUCAACAAAAGUUAAGUUUUUUGAUCCCUCGAUAACUAUUACAAAUUAUAAUUCUGAAACUUACAGUAAAGAAAUAUCAUCAGGUUGUAGAAAAAAAGAAACAGAAUGCAUAAUUGUGGACUCGGAUGAUGAUACGAGUUUAGAUUCUGACUGUAAGUUAAUAAAGUCUAAAUUUGAAUUAAAACCAGAUCAUGAAAUAAAAAUGGAUAAAAAUGAUACAAAAUCAAUAACUAGCUCUUUAUUAAUAAAUGAAGCUGAACAAAAUUUGUGUACACCUAUAUUAGAAUUAAAAGAUAAAGGACUUGAUAUUAUUUUACAUGAAGAAGAAUAUUUUAAGACACAUGAUAAUUCAUUUCACAAUUUAUGUGAAGUUGACAAUAUAGAAAUUGUUGAAAACGAGUCAGGGAUUAUUAGUUCCCAUCAAGGUGAUAGUGAAAUAGAAAAUAAUCAAAACGAGCUAAAUUCUCAUGCUAUAUGUAGUGUUGCCCAAGAUAGAAGUAGCAUGGAUCUAAAGGAAGCAGUCGAAUCACCUAAUGCAAUAGUGAAUCCUGUUUCAAUAAAAAGAAAACAAAGCAAUGUUAUAUGCGAUACAAUUUCUAAUAAAGAUGCGAAGAAACAAAUACUGAAUGAAAAAUACAGUUCCUAUGAUAAUAAUUCCACAGAUGAUAAUAUUACCAAAUCCUACAGAAAUAAAAAUAUUGCUCAUCCAAGUAUAAAUUCACCAAAUCUGUCAAUUGAUGUGAAUGAAGAUAUUCAAUUAAAUACUAAUGUGCCAUCAAUUCAUAUAGAAGAGGAUUACAGUUUGGACUUAAGUUGUAUAAACAAUAAUGCAGACAUGCUUCUGUAUCUGAAGAAAAACUCUCAAUUGUUAAACAACCGGGAACUGGUUGUUUCUGAAACAGCCGAUGAAUUUUCUAAAGACUAUUUAAAAGAACAAGAAACAACUUUAUACAAUUGUUUUGGUGACACUAAAGACAGUAUUGAUGCCUCAAAGCCGUUUACACAUCCAUCAUCACAUCUACAUCAGUACAGCAAUCAAUUAUCAUCUGAUUAUAUUGAACCACUUAUAAUCAAAGAUAUCAUGACUACUUCUAGUUCACCAACCCAGAGUAAUUCAAUCGCUUCACCAAAACAAAUUUUUGCUGCCAACGAGGGUGUAGGAAGUAAAUUUAACAACAUCAGAACUAAACAAUUAUUACCUUUAUGUAAUUCAGUAUCUAAAUCACAAAAUAAUAUAAUAUCAACUAAUAGUGGAUCUAAAGUUCCAAACCAUUUAUUAACAUACACAAAGCCAUUACUAACCAGUCGUAUUCCUUACUUGCCAGAUGAUAAUCAAGAUUUGACACAUUUAAUGCUACCUAAUCUAACUAAAAAUGAUAUUCAAUUCCCAAUUUGUAUUAAAAAAAAAAACAGUUAGUAAAAGUAAAGUUUUAUUACCACAAAUAUGUAAACUAAAGAGCAGAAACAGCAGUGAAAUUUAUCAACUAAGCAAACAAAACCUCCAGUUCUCUAUGACCUAACCUCAUCGGACACUCCAUAAAAAUGUAUAUUGAUAUAAUUCCACUAAGUAUACGGGUGAUUAUUUUAUGUUUAUCGGUUAUCCUUAAACACUCGUUAUUUCAAAAAGUAUAAAUGUUUUUUUUAAAACUUUAUUUCUAAUUUUUAAAAACAACAUUUUUAUAGAAUAUAUUGUCUUUUAAAUAUUUUUCUCUUAAACAUUCUUGGAGUUUUUACUUUGAAUUACAACACACAGUUUUAAUUUCAUAUUUCAAAGCAGAAUAUUUUUCUAAUUAUGCAAUAACUAUAUUUUCAGAAAUAUUAAUACUUUUUGAAUAAUGAGUGUCUUGUGUUGAAUGAAUCACCCAGUAUUAUCAAAAAACUAACACAAUAACUAGUAUUAUUAAAUAUUGAAUAAUAAAUUGCAAAUUAUAUUGUAAAACUUUCUUUUGGAUAACAAUUAUUUUACUUGUA